AUGAGCAAGCCGGCGGGAUCAACAAGUCGCAUUUUGGACAUCCCCUGCAAAGUGUGCGGGGACCGCAGCUCCGGGAAGCACUACGGGGUGUACGCCUGCGAUGGGUGCUCGGGGUUUUUCAAGCGGAGCAUCAGGAGGAAUAGGACCUAUGUGUGCAAAUCGGGGAACCAGGGGGGCUGCCCGGUGGACAAGACGCACAGGAACCAGUGCCGGGCCUGCCGGCUGAAGAAGUGCUUGGAAGUCAACAUGAACAAAGACGCCGUGCAGCACGAGCGGGGUCCCCGGACGUCGACGAUACGGAAGCAGGUGGCCCUCUACUUCCGCGGGCACAAGGAGGAGAGCGGCAGCGCCCCACAUUUCCCAGCUGCCGCCCUGCCGGCACCUGCCUUCUUCACCGCCGUCUCCCAGCUGGAGCCCCACGGCCUGGAGCUGGCCGCCGUCACUGGCACCCCCGAGAGGCAGGCCCUGGUGGGCCUGGCACAGCCCACCCCGAAGUAUCCACACGAAGUCAAUGGCACCCCCAUGUAUCUCUAUGAAGUGGCCACCGAAUCCGUCUGUGAGUCAGCAGCCAGACUUCUGUUCAUGAGCAUCAAGUGGGCCAAGAGCGUCCCAGCCUUCUCCACCUUGUCCCUACAAGACCAGCUGAUGCUUUUGGAAGAUGCUUGGAGAGAACUGUUUGUUCUAGGAAUAGCACAAUGGGCCAUUCCAGUUGAUGCUAACACUCUACUGGCUGUAUCUGGCAUGAACGGUGACAAUACAGAUUCUCAGAAGCUGAAUAAAAUUAUUUCAGAAAUACAGGCUUUACAGGAGGUUGUGGCUAGAUUUAGACAACUCCGGCUAGAUGCUACUGAAUUUGCCUGUCUCAAAUGCAUUGUCACUUUUAAAGCUGUGCCGACACACAGUGGCUCUGAGCUAAGGAGCUUCCGAAACGCUGCCGCGAUAGCCGCCCUCCAAGACGAAGCCCAGCUCACCCUGAACAGCUACAUUCACACCAGGUACCCCACACAACCCUGUCGUUUUGGAAAACUUUUAUUGCUUUUACCAGCUUUACGUUCGAUUAGUCCAUCUACAAUAGAAGAAGUGUUUUUCAAAAAGACCAUUGGGAAUGUACCAAUUACAAGACUGCUUUCAGAUAUGUACAAAUCCAGUGACAUAUAA